CCCGAGUGAACUCAGCCGAGGUUCCGUCUUCUUCACCACCCCCCUUUCAGUCACUGAGAAUGGCCGAGAAGCCGAAUGGAAUGUACGGGGAGGUAGCCGGAGAAGACGCUGACGAGAGUUUCAACGGGAGCUCCCGUGGGCCUCACCAGAGGGAGAGGGAGAGGGAGAGGGAGAGAGAGACCUUGUAUGGGGUUCUUCACCGUCUGAUUACCUCGAUUAUUUUCCCGGCACCGGAUAACGCGGCAACCAUGCUCAACCGAAUCAAGAUCUCCGUCUCCCAAAACGUCCCUCUCAUCCCGGAAGCCAGUAAAAAUACUGGUCGCGAUGUUCUUCUCUGGACACGUCGUGGUAGUCCCCUCCGAGCUCUCCUGGUCAUCUCCGUUGGAACAAUUACUUGUGUUGCUCUGACUGGACUGCUUGUCUUUGCACUUUUCUUUCUGGCUGCAACCAUAAAUGCGAUUGUCAUCUCACUUCUCAUGUCCUUGGCAGCGGCAGGAGGAUUCUUGGCACUGUUCUUUGCUUUUGUAACGGUUAUAUACAUCGGAGCAUUAUCAGUAGCCAUAUUUACUAUUUCCACCGUUACAUUCUGGACAAUUGUCGCCAUUCUGAUAACCACAGGCUGGAUCGGAUUCUUUUGGACUGUUUGGUUGGCGACUAAAAAGAGCUUUGGGUUUGCCAAACACUCACUGAGCGUGACGGGCUCUGCAAUAUCAACUUACACUGCUGCAAGGCAUGGCCGCCGCCUAGUACGCAAAGAUUCAGAUUAAAAUCAGAGAAUACAUAAAGAAGCUUAUGUACAUAUGGGUUCGAGUUAUAAUGGGGAGAAUUCGUUGCCUAUUAUCACGUUGUUCUGUUCUCGUGUCUGUAUAGUAGAAUAAAACAAUGCAGGCUGUGUUGUGUUGCGAGCCUAAAGUUUGAGCAUAAACAGUGGCCCUUUGUUGUACAUUAUUUAUACUGGGAAAGAGGGAUUGAACUUAUGUGGUGACUGUUGUAAAGAUAUUUAAUGCAUCGAUCAGUUGCUCCUUUGAUGUUAACAGAUGCAUAUGCAUAUGAGUCUUCUUUGGAAUCAAAGGGCGUGGGCUGGUGUUUCUA